CGUGAACCUGGUAGGCAUUGGAAAGAUGGUCCAAACAACGUGCCAAAAUGGUACCACGCCGGUUCGACGGAGUGCUCGCCGUCGAUCAUAUAAGAACCUACAAGAAAGGUUAGAGAGGUUGGCCGACGAGAUGGAGACUGACGAUGAAGAUAAGGACUUUUCGCCACCGAAGGAAGAUCUUAGAGAUGAAAUCCUAACCGACGAUGAUGCCUUGGAGGAUACCGAACAAAAGGGCAGAAAAACAAGAGGAAGUAAAAGUGUGGCAACGCCUCGGAAACGAGCGCGACAAGUCAGCAGCACCCGCACACCAUCAAAGUUGUACACGCCGAGAAAUAAAGUCGGAACUCGUACACCUUCAUCGCGCAUCCCAAACACACCCACCCUGGGAUCUGGGCGAAGGUGGAAACUCUCUGCGACUCCUCUUCCAGAAAGAUUGCAGGAACGGAGUACACCACGAUCCGAGUUUGAAAAAGCUCGGGAGCGAUUACACGUUUCAGUCGUUCCCGAUGCUUUACCCUGUCGAGAAACAGAGUUUGCGGAAAUAUACGGUCACGUUGAGAGUGCUAUCAACGAAGGAACGGGCUGCUGUGUGUAUAUAUCUGGUGUUCCGGGGACAGGGAAGACUGCCACGGUGCACCGGGUUAUGCGCGCUUUGAGCGAGGCAGCAGAACAAGAGGAAAUCCCACCAUUUCAAUUUGUUGAAAUCAACGGCAUGAAGCUGACCGAACCAUCACAGUCAUAUUCGCUACUUUUGGAAGUUCUAACGGGCCAAAAAUUCAGCGCUGCACAUGCCGGGAAUCUUUUAGAGAAGCGAUUCAACACAGCGUCACCAGAUCGACAGUCUGUCGUUGUGCUAAUGGACGAACUGGACCUUCUUGUAACAAAGAAUCAGACGGUUAUGUACAACUUCUUCAAUUGGCCGAAUCUCGCUCAUUCUCGACUGAUUGUGGUAGCGGUUGCAAAUACUAUGGACCUUCCUGAGCGAAUGCUGACCAAUAGGGUCUCUAGUCGACUGGGGCUGACGCGAAUAAAUUUUCAACCGUACACCCAUCAGCAACUGAUUGAAAUUGUCCAAUCCCGCUUGGAACGAGUCCGAUGCUUCGAAAAAGACGCCAUCGUACUUUGCGCCAGAAAGGUCGGCGCUAUAUCCGGGGAUGCAAGAAGGGCGCUCGACAUUUGUCGAAGAGGGGUGGAGAUAUUGGAGGCUACACUACGAGAUGCGGAAGCUGCUGGCAAGCCAUUGGACCAGAAAAUGGUUACGAUGGCGGUCAUUGACCGCGCAGUGAAGGAGAUGUUUGCGUCGCCGGCUGUUCAGUCUGUGCAGAGAGCUAGUACCCAUCAGCGGUUAUUCUUGGUUGCAAUUGUUCGAAAUGUUAGAAGGGGGGGAACAGCGGAAGUAGAGUAUGGACAGGUAGCGGAUGAACACAUCCGAUUAUGCAAACUCGGGAACAUCCAGAAUCCAAAUCCAUCAGAUCUCAUUGCUGUGUGCGCGCAGUUGGCAACAUGCCGGCUUUUGCUUGUGGAAAUGAGUCGCGCAGGUGAUCGACGCCAACGAAUUCGACUCAAUGUUAACGAAGAGGACGUGAUCACAGCCGUACGGAAUGGGGGGGAAGAAUGGCUUCGGAGACUAGUUGAAGCCUGAAAUUAAGAACGAGUUGGUAUUAUAGGAUAAGAAGGCACAGCUAGCUGUGCAACUACUGUUGACUGUGGUUAAAAUAUUUGUAGCAUAUGAUUUCUUUUAAUGUAAAUACAUUUUGGCUAUUUUGAAAGAGCAGACCAAGAUAAA